CUUGUUUGUCUGCGCCGGCAUCCGUACUGGUGUCGGUUUCCAUAGAUACGGUCGGACGGGUUUGCUUUUUAUAUACCCUGUCAAAGCAACGGAAGGAGUCUGUUAAUGUGAUUGCACUCUUCCGGUUUAUAGGGUGGUCCAGUGCCUACCGGAUCAAAAUGUCCUUCAGAGACUUACGAAAUUUCACUGAAAUGAUGAGGGCGUUGGGCUAUCCUCGCCUGAUAUCCAUGGAGAACUUCAGAACACCAAACUUCACUCUAGUGGCAGAAAUACUAGUCUGGCUUGUAAAGAGAUAUGAGCCCCAGAUGGACAUUCCCACUGAUGUGGACACUGAGUCAGACAGAGUAUUCUUCAUCAAGGCCGUGGCGCAGUUCAUGGCAACUAAGGCUCACAUCAAGCUGAACACCAAGCGUCUGUACCAGGCUGACGGCUACGCAGUGAAAGAGAUGCUGAAGAUCACCUCGGUGCUGUACAGUGCCAUGAAGACCAAGGAGAUGGCGCUGGGAGACCAAGUCGAGGAGGACAAGAGCAAGUUCAAGUUUGACCUCAGCUCUCGGAUUUCAGACCUCAGAGCAGCUUGGCAGCUGGCAUCAGAGAUCAACUCGAAAGGAGCCUCUCUGUACGACUUACUGGGCAAGGAGGUGGAGCUAAGGGAAAUGAGGACUGCGGCUAUUGCUAGACCUCUGGAGAUCAGCGAGGCUGAGAAGGCCCUGAGAGCAGCCAUCAAGGAGGUUUUGGGAAGUGUGGAGAAAACCAAAGACAAGCUGAAUGACGUAGUGUCUGAUGAGACCAGUUUGGAUGCCAAGAUAGAAAAGAAGAAGCAGGAGCUGGAGAGGAAUCAGAAGAGGCUCCAGACACUGCAGAGCGUCAGGCCGGCGUUCAUGGAUGAGUAUGAGAAGAUUGAGGAGGAGCUCCAGAAGCAGUACGAGACCUAUGUGGAGAAGUUCCGGAACCUCAGCUUCCUGGAGUCCCAGCUAGAGGAAUAUCAUAGAAUAGAGCAGGAGAGGUUCGAGGAGGCUGAAAACAUUCUUAGGAUGAUGCAGCACAAACUCAGGGAGGAGGAGAGGAACCAGAUGAAGAGUUCCUUGAAAGAUGAGGACUCUGACAUGGAUGUUCUAGAGGAUGAAGGAACAGACAGUGACAUGGAAGAGUACCGGCCUCCUAAACCACGGCUCACCAGAAACACCACAACAGGAAGAGGAGGAGCUCGAUUCAUCGGGAAUAUGCAGGGUGGUGACAGUGAUGAGCCCCGUGUAGAUGUUUCCAGAAGCUCAUACCCUCAUGCCAACAUGCGGCGGAAAGGAAAGACGGACGACAGCGAGAUCGACGUGGACGAGGAUGAUGAAGAGGAUGAGGAAGGGGAGGAGGAGGAGAGCAAGGAUCUAGAGGAUGACAGUCUGGAGGGCCCAGUGUCCAAAGCUGCUCGUCCACCUAGGGGGGGCCUGAGACCCCCACUACUGGAGGAGAGCGACAAUGACUUCUGAAUGCACAAAACACACACACACACACACAUAUAUAUACAUACACAAAUGAGCGGCAACCACACAGUCAUUGUCAUGUGUGUAUGUUCAAUCCAGCUCCUAACAGACCAUCUGCACAGACAAAUCAGAACAUUCCUUUAUUCUUAGAUAUAUGCAUUAUUAUAUUGUUUCCAAGGUGCACUGUGUUGAUAUUGCCACAUGUCUUGCAUCAGUAUACCAAUUAUUUUUGCAUAUUUGUAUAAAGUCUUUAGUCAAAUAAAAUGGUAAUUGUUUAAUGU